CACUGAAAACAGAGACAGAGCACUCUCACUCUCUCAAAAAUCAAUCAACCCCAUUAAUCCGAUUUCACAAAGGGCUUGCUUUCUUCUUCAAUUCACUCUCGCUGAGAACAGGGCAUCAUUGGGGUUUUAAGGGUUUAUAGUGAUCAAGGUGUGGCCAUGGAGUCUUCAAAGAAGAGGAAGAAGAGUAGAGGUGAUGGAGUGUCUGUGGCCGAAACAUUGGCCAAGUGGAGGGACUACAAUGCUCAGGUUGAGACUUCGGCCAAACGUGCACGUAAGCUUCCGGCUAUGGGGUCGAGGAAGGGAUGUAUGAAAGGGAAAGGCGGGCCUGAGAAUCCACACUGCAAUUAUAGAGGGGUUAGGCAAAGGACUUGGGGUAAGUGGGUUGCGGAGAUACGUGAGCCUAACAGAGGAAAGAGGCUUUGGCUUGGCACAUUUGAGAAUGCUGUUGAUGCCGCCACUGCCUACGAUGAAGCUGCUAGGGUGAUGUAUGGUGCCUAUGCACGCCUCAAUUUUCCAGAGUCUGUGUCUACAAUAGCUGGCCCUACUCCUGUGGAAUCUGAGGUUUCGGCUGAUGAGUCUACUGCCACGCCUAGUACAAUCGAGUGCACUGCCAUGCCUAGUACAAGUGAGUCUACUGCCAUGCCAACUACAAGUUGUUUGGUAGAGGAUGAGUCAACAAGCUAUUCUGAAAAUGAACAUUUUGAUGUGCAAGAACUUAUGGCUCUGUUAGACAAUGAUCCUCUUGGCUUCAUGGAUUCAGAACUGUGUUUUGGCUAUAAUGGUGAUCAACCCGGACUCCCUGUCACCGAAGCUGCUGUGCCAAGUACAAGUAAUUUAGCGGAGACAGAAACUAAUGAGCCUACUGGUGUGGAUAGUGGACAGCAGUACUUGCUGGAUUUUUCUAUAGAUGACUUUUUUGUAGAUCUCUGAUAAAUUUGUAUUUACAUACUGAUUUACUAUAUAAUUUUUCAUUUUAAUUUUCCCGUU